GCGGGAAAUGGGCGGGACUACUGUCGGAAGUGACGCAAUAGCAGGAGCCCAAUAGCAAGAGCCACGGCCGUGGGGAAAAGCUGAUUGCUUCAUUGUUGCGCUGUUGGAUUCUCACGGAAACUCUCGGUCGGAGACGAUGCCUAAGUCAAGGGAAGUUGUUUCUACAAGCUCGGACAGUGAAUCGGAUAGUGAAGUUGAUCAAAAGGCCAAGAGAAAGAAGGCGGCUGCGCCAGAGAAACCAGUGAAAAAGCAAAAGAGCGGAGAAAGUUCUGGAGGUUCAAAAUGUACUAAAAGUGACAAAGAUGAUAACCUAUUUCAGAUUGGCAAGAUGAGGUAUGUCAGUGUGCGUGAGUUCAAGGGCAAAGCCUUAGUUGAUGUCAGAGAAUACUGGAUGAACCAAGAUGGUGAAAUGAAGCCUGGAAAAAAAGGAAUCUCUCUAUUACCAGACCAAUGGAAUCAACUGAAGGAAAUGAUUCCUGACAUUGAUGAUGCACUAAAAAAAUUAUAGAGUGUCCAUCUGAAGACGUACCCUGCUUUCGUCAUUGAAACUGUCUAUCUUUAACAUUUGUUUUCUAAAAGGAAUUAAGCUUUGUACUGUUCAUGUGACUGUUUUGUUUAUGCAGCACAUACGCUUUCAUUUUUAAAAUCACUAAGGGGUACUCUAGAAAUAUGAGAUUUGUUUUUUAGUGUGGAAAAAUGUUUUUUGAUGGUUAACAACUGCCAUAUCAUGUCUUUAAACUGUUGCGUAUAUUAUCCCCAGCUAGUACUUUUGAAAACAGCUUCAUGAAUUUGUUGCUUUAUCAAGAUCUUCUGUUAGGGGUCCAAUUGCUGAAAUCUCUGGCUGUAUCAGAUUGACAAUUUUAGCUUUCCCUUGUGGGUAAAUCCAUCCCAAGUGUUGCAAUAAGUUUUCAAGCCAGGAAGUCCAUGGUUUAAUUUGUGAUUGGUGCUGUUAGCUGAGCAGAUCUCAC